UUCACCUUCAUUUCCGUCGUCCAACGCGGUGUCUCUACUUCACAACGCCGCCGCUCUCUCUCUCUCUCUCUAAAGACCAUGCAAAUAAUAAAUUCUACAAUCCCGGCCCAAAAUCUCUCCCGGUUUCAGGUCCGCCGGUCGAGUUUCAAGUACCAAAUGUCGCCGUUGAACCCGUCGGCGGCGAAGAUUUCUUAUUUCAGACCGGCGACGGCGGCGGUUGAUGGGACUCGCCGACACCUAGCGAACCUGGACAAGUUGCUGAAAAAAACCGAUACGCCUGCCAAGGUCGAACCGGAACCGGUUUUCAAAGACCCGAACAAGGGAUCGGUGAUGCCCAUCAAAGGAAAGGGGCUUUUAGAAGGGCUGAACCUGGCAAGAAUCUGGCCGGAGAUGAGAGCCGCAGAGGACAUGUCGCCGAGAAACCUGAACCGGCUGCAGCGGCUGCUCUCGAAAACGGUUGAGUAUUCACCAAGAAACGCCCUCGGCCGGCGAUGGCGCGAGUACCACGGUUGCAACGACUGGUCCGGUUUACUCGACCCGCUUGACGAAAAUCUCCGCCGUGAAGUCGUCCGGUACGGCGAGUUUGUACAAUCAGCAUACCAUUCAUUCCACUCAAACCCCGCCAUGUCACUCAAUGAGGCCCCACUCCCUCGACACGUGGCACUUCCAGAUAAAUCCUACAAAGUCACUAAGAGUCUCUACGCCACGUCAUCCGUCGGCUUACCUGGCUGGGUCGAUGAGGUCGCUCCUGAUCUUGGCUGGAUGACUCAACGGUCAAGCUGGAUGGGAUACGUGGCAGUUUGCGAUGACCGCCGUGAAAUUGCUCGUAUGGGGCGGCGGGAUAUCGUCAUCGCCCUCCGUGGCACCGCCACGUGUCUCGAAUGGGCCGAAAAUGUUAGAGCUCAACUCACCAACAUCCCAACCGACACCAAUUCCAGUGACCCGAAAGUCGAGUGUGGGUUUCUCAGCCUAUAUAAAACCGCAGGAGCACAUGUGAAGAGCUUAUCGGAGUCGGUGGUGGAGGAGAUCCGGCGACUGAUGGAAAUUUACAAAGGAGAAACACUAAGCAUCUCUGUUACCGGACACAGCCUAGGUGCAGCGUUGGCACUCCUAGUGGCAGACGAGAUUAGUGUUUGUUCACCGACAGUUCCACCGGUGGCGGUGUUCUCAUUCGGCGGACCACGAGUUGGGAACACAGCAUUUGCAAAUCGAAUAACAUCACGAAACGUAAAGGUAUUGAGAAUUGUGAACUCUCAAGAUCUAAUAACGCAAGUCCCGCCGGUAACAUACUCCCACGUCGGGACAGAGCUUCGAGUGGAGACGAAGAUGUCACCCUACUUGAAGCCAAACGCCGACGUAGCAUGCUGCCAUGAUUUGGAAGCGUAUUUACAUCUGGUGGACGGGUUCUUGUCGUCAAAAUGUCCAUUUCGAGCGAACGCGAAACGAAGCUUAGUUCGAUUGGUGCAUGAUCAAAGGGGAAACAUGAAGAAAUUGUAUAUGAGGAAGGUGAAGGAUUUGAGCCUCAAUCCGGAGUUGCAGAUGCUCGGGUGUUUACCGAGUCCCUCGUGAUUUGAUCGGAUUAUACUUUUUAUUUAUUUAUUUAUUUUUGUGAAGGUGGAGAUUUAAAAUCUUUUGCCUCAUUACAAUCUUAUGUACAUGAUGUUAAAUGAAUUGUCUAUGCUUUAUGUAACUUUCAAGAAGCUGGCAAUAUUGUGGUGUCAAUAUCAUGUUUGUUUUGAAUUUAAUGUGCAUUGUGGAUA